AUGGCCAAGGAUAUCAAGGACCUGGCAAGAGAGUGGCUGGAGCUGGACCAGGACAAGACGACGACGGACGAGAUAUACAAGCUCCUGGUGCACGGCGACUACGAUGAGCUGGAAAGACGACUGCGACACCGUAUCGCCUUUGGUACCGCUGGACUCCGCGGGCCGAUGCAGGGCGGCUUCGCGUGCAUGAACUCGUUGACGGUCAUUCAAGCCUCCCAAGGACUGGCAGCCUAUCUCCUCAAGACCGAGGAAAAUGUACAGAAACGAGGCGUCGUCAUCGGCCGCGACGCGCGACACAACUCGGACAAGUUUGCCAAGCUUACCGCAGCCGCCUUCGUGGCAAAGGGCAUCAAGGUGUGGUGGUACGAGGACCCGAGCCACACGCCCAUGGUUCCUUUCGGCGUGCGCCAUCUCGAGGCCGCUGCUGGCAUCAUGAUUACGGCGAGCCACAACCCGGCCAAGGACAACGGGUACAAGGUCUACUGGUCCAAUGGUUGCCAGAUCAUUCCCCCGCACGACAGCGGCAUUGCAGAGUCCAUUCUGCAGAACCUGAAGCCAGUCACGUGGGAUACGUCGGUAGUGGAAAGCUCUCUGCUGGUCGAGGGAAGUUUAGCCCUAGUGGAGGAUACAUACCACAAGGCCAUUCUCUGUGCUGCACAGCCCGAGCAUACCCACGUCAAGAUGGACCCUGAACUUCGAUUUGUGUACACUCCUAUGCAUGGCGUCGGCCUCCCCGCGAUGCAGAGAUGCGCCGAGACACUCGGAGUCACUUCUCAGAUGAGUGUUGUCGAGGCUCAGGCACAACCAGACCCAGAUUUCCCGACGGUCAAGUUCCCCAAUCCAGAAGAAAAGGGGGCGCUCGAUCUGGCAAUUGAGACUGCAGAGAAGGCCUCGACACGCCUUAUUCUUGCAAGUGACCCGGAUGCAGACCGACUUGCGGCGGCCGAGAAGGUAGGGGACAAAUGGCACAUCUUUACUGGCAACCAACUGGGAAUACUGCUUGGCUCGUACCUCUUUGAACGCUAUCCCAGUUCCAAGCCACGAGACAAGCUGGCCAUGUUGGCGUCGACAGUCAGUUCUCGGAUGCUUGCAGCCCUGGCGAAGAAAGAAGGCUUCAAGUUUACCGAGACCUUGACUGGCUUCAAAUGGCUCGGAAACGUGGCACGGCAGCUCGAAAAUGAGGGCUACCAUGUCGUCUACGCCUUUGAAGAAGCGCUGGGGUACAUGAUUCCGCAGACGGUGCACGACAAGGACUCGAUCAGCGCUGCGGCAGUCUUUCUUACGGCCGCGUCACACUGGUCGUCGCAGGGACUUACGCCAUAUGCCAAGCUGCAAGAACUGUACAAGUACCUUGGCUAUUUCGAGGACGCAAACACGUAUCUCGUGUCGCCAUCGCCGUCGGUUACGACGUCGGUGUUCACAGCGAUCCGCGCAUUGGGCAGCCCGUACCCUUCAGCCAUCGGCUCGCGGAGGAUCGUGCGUUGGCGAGAUCUGACCCUGGGCUAUGACUCAAAGAGCAAGGACCACACGCCCGACCUGCCCAUGGACGCGACGAGCCAGAUGAUCACGUGCGAGCUGCAUGACGGCGCCGUCUUCACCGUGCGAGGCAGCGGGACAGAGCCCAAGAUUAAGCUCUACAUUGAGUGCCAGGGCAAGAGUAGCGACGAGGCAAAGGCGGGCGCUAAUGGCAUCUUGGAGGAUCUGCUGAGAGAAUGGUUCAAGCCUGAGGAGAACGGCCUCCGGCUCGCGUAG